CGUCAUCAGCGCGCGCCGCGGGGAGCUGAGCCGGGGCCGUGAACGCGCCCCCGUGGGCAUCGGGCGGGCGGACGCGCAGGGGCUUGACGGCAGCCCUGAGCCAUGGGCAGGACCUACGUGGUGGAGGAGGCCGUCGGCCGGUAUCUCUCCAGCGUCAGCCUCGGAGGAAAGGCGUCCGUCUCCGGCCUGCUCAUAGGACAGCCGUCCCCGCAGAAGGACUACGUGAUCCUCGCAGCUAGGACGCCGGCCCGAGAGGAACCCAGCGAGAAGAGCCCCACCCGCCCGGCCGCCCUGGACAGCAGCGUGGACGAGGAGUGGGUGGCCGCGCAUGCCUGCCAGGUGUCCAGGAUGCUGCCCGGGGGCCUGCUCGUCCUUGGCGUGUUCCUCGUCACGGCUGCGGAAGCGGGCAGCGAGUUGCAGCACGCCCUGCGCAGGCUCAUUUUCGCCGUGGGCAGGUCUCUGGGCCAGAAGAGAUUGUGGCACUUCACGGACGAGGAGACGGCCGAGCGAGCGGUUCUCCACAUCUGCUCGUCCACCAAGAAAAUCUCCUGUCGAACGUACGACAUCCAGGACCCAAAGAGCUCGGCCAAGCCUGCGGACUGGAAGUACCAGAGCCGGCUCUCGGCGUCCUGGCUCUCCCUGGAGUGCACGCUGGAUGUCAACCUGCACAUCCCGCUGUCCGCUGCAGCCGCCAGCUGCCCUCUGGAGAAGAACACCAAGAACGGGCUUGCACGCUGGGCCCAGCAGAUCGAAAACGGCGUCUACCUGAUUAACGGGCAAGUGAAGGAUGAAGACAGUGACCUGGUAGAAGGGCAGAAAAAGUCCAGAGGGAACACCCAAGCAGCCAGUCCCUCCUUCGAUGUCCGGGUGCUAAGGCAGCUGCUCCUGAGCCCGGACCACAGAUCCACGGCCACCGUCCAGGUCUGCAGCGGCUCCGUGAACCUCAGGGGCGCCGUCAAGUGCCGGGCCUAUCUCCAUGGCAACAGGCCCAAGGUCAAGGACGCCCUACAGGCCGUGAAACGGGACAUCCUGAACACGCUGGCCGACCGCUGCGACCUCCUGUUCGAGGAGUUGCUUCUGAACGAGAGCCCCGAGGGGAAAGCCAAGAGCCCCCAGAAGGAGACCCACGUGCUCCCUCUCCGGGUGUUCGUCCCCAUCCCCGGCUCCACGGUGAUGCUGUGUGACUACAAGUUUGCCGACGACUCUGCUGAAGAGAUCAGAGAUCAUUUCGCAGAUAUGUUGGAUCACAGUUUCCCAGCGGAAGACCUGGAAGUUGCCGAGGAGGUCAGCCCAGUGUGUCUCGUGAGUUCCGCCACAAAUCCUGAAGCACCUCCAGACAGCCUGAGUGUCCAGCAGUCAGCACAGCCCAGCGACACCACCAUCGUACUGAAGAUCCAGCAGAACCUAGGAAUGAUCGCGGCCCUGGCCGUGGCAGCCGUGGCCGCUGGCGUCUCCUUCCAUUACUUCAGCGAUUAGGACGAAGGCCCGGAGCUUCCCCCCCCACCCCCC